CUAGAGGCCCGGCCCAGGGUGAGGCCCUACCCAGCCAUUGCGAGCUGUGGGCGCCCCAGGUGUGAAGGAAGGGGGAGAUUCAGCCUGCGUGGGGGCAGAGCGAGGAACUCCGGUCUCUGAGCCCCGUCGCUGGCCUGAGCUGCAGCCCAAUCGGCGGGCCUGGGCCGCCCCCCUGGGGUGCUGAACCCCAUUUUACAGAUGUGCCGCCUGCGCCCCGGAGGAGGCGUGGCGGCGCUCGGCGGCCCAGCCGGAUUCAGGGGCGCGGCGGCCGGGGCCCCGGAGGCCGAGGCGCCCGCCCUCCCCGCCCUCCCCGCUGGGGAUCACCUGGUCCGGUCCCGGACCGGUCGGGAAGGCCGUGGCCUCCUCCAAGCCGAGCCGCCCGCCACCGCGAGCGCCCCGCACCCCUGCCACCGGGCCCCCCACGACGCCGCCGGCCCCGCCCGACGGGGCAGCUGGCACUGGGAGGCCCGCAGGCAGCUGCUGACGAUGUGAGAGGGUCAAAAAUCAGUGGUCACGUGGGAAUAAAGGCUCGGUGACCACCAGUUCUGCCCAGGAGCUCCCCUGCCUCUCUGAGCCCCCGGUUGACUGGCUUGUGCCUCCCCCAAGGAUGGACACACAGACUGUGCUGCUCAUCGUGCAAGCCUUGCUGGUGCUCCCCCUGGCCGACGGAGCCAACCCCGUCCUGCGCUUCGUGGCUGUGGGUGACUGGGGAGGAGUCCCCAAUGCCCCGUUCUACACUGCCCGGGAAAUGGCCAAUGCCAAGGAGAUCGCCAGGACCGUGCAGAUCCUCGGCGCAGACUUCAUCCUGUCCCUGGGGGACAAUUUCUACUUCACUGGCGUGCAGGAUGCCAACGACAAGAGGUUUCGGGAGACCUUCGAGGAUGUGUUCUCUGCCUCCUCCCUCCACAACGUGCCCUGGUACGUGCUGGCUGGCAACCACGACCACUUGGGGAACGUCUCGGCACAGAUAGCCUACUCCAGGAUCUCUCAGCGUUGGAACUUCCCCAGCCCUUACUACCGUCUGCGCUUCAAAGUCCCGCGGUCCAACGUGUCUGUGGCCAUCUUCAUGCUGGACACGGUGACACUGUGUGGCAACUCUGAUGACUUCCUCAGCCAGCAGCCCGAGAGGCCCCGUAAUCCGGCGCUGGCCCGCACGCAGCUGGCCUGGCUCAAGAAGCAGCUGGCGGCGGCCAAGGAGGACUAUGUGCUGGUGGCCGGCCACUACCCCGUGUGGUCCAUCGCCGAGCACGGGCCCACCCACUGCCUGGUCAAGCAGCUGAUGCCACUGCUGGCCACGUACAAGGUCACUGCCUACCUGUGUGGCCAUGACCACAACCUGCAGUACCUUCAGGAUGAGAAUGGCGUGGGCUACGUGCUGAGCGGGGCCGGAAACUUCAUGGACCCUUCGAAAAAGCAUCAGCGCAAGGUCCCCAAUGGCUACCUGCGCUUCCACUACGGGGCCGAGGACUCGCUGGGUGGCUUUGCCUACGUGGAGAUCAGCCCCAAAGAGAUGAGCGUCACUUACAUCGAAGCCUCGGGCAAGUCCCUCUUCAAGACCAGACUGCCAAGGCGAGCCAGGCCCGAGCGCCCACGAGUGCACCACUCUAAGGCCUGAGGCAGAGGGGCUGCCCUGCCAGGGGGUGGCUGGGCCCUGCUGGGACCCGUGCCCAUGGGCAGGCUUUCUCACGGGUCUGCCGGGCCGCAGCAGAGCAGAGGGAGAACCACAGAUGAGGAGCUGGGGUCCCAGGUGGCCCUUGUGAUGAGGAUGCCCAUGUAUGUGAAAGACACAUGGACACGUGUACCAGCCGGAGCGCUGUGCCCCGUAGCCAGGCUUGUCCAACCCGAAUUCCGGGCACUGGGGGCAGGGAGGGAAAGCCUUCUCCUGAAUCAAGCAUCUUUCUGUCACUGCCGAAUAUUCAAUAAAAGCAUAGUUGCAGAGGCUGAA